UCCUUUCGAUCGUGUCUCAGCUUAGAGUAGAAGACUGACAACAUGGCGUCUGGAAUUAAAGUGGAUCAGCGCUGCAUUGAAGCUUUCUCUGACUUGAAAACAAAGAAAGAGAAAUCAAAUCGUCCAUUUGCUAUUUGUUUCAAAAUUGAUCAAAACGAUACCAUUAUCGUUGUGGAUAAGAUAUACAAACGGCCGACUGGAGACGCUACUCAGGAAUCCGCUUUUAGACUGCUGGUGGAAGAGCUGCCGUGUGACGACGGCCGGUACGUGGCAGUGGACUUGUGUGUAGAUGCAGCUGCUGGAGAAACAAAAACCGACAGGAUUGUAUUGCUAGUAUGGGCUCCAGACUCGGCACCUAUCAAGAAAAAAAUGCUGUACUCAUCCUCUCUGCGUAACUUAAUGGAGGAAUUGAAAGCAAAGGAUCACAUUCAGGCCAACGACAAAUCUGAUCUGACGUAUUCGGAAAUGAUGUCAAAGCUAUCGAAGAGGAAGUAGAAGGUGGCUAGUGUUGGAUGGCUUUCUUUUUGAACUGGUUUUUUUUUUUCUUUUGGUUGAGUGUUCAUUCGGCUCAGAAACAUGUUUAGUGCCAGAGAAGGCUUUGUUCCAAGGACUUUGGUUUUGAGGAUAUGCUUUGGCCAAGAGAGCUGAGCGAAAAUUGAAGUAUGCACCGUCUCCAUGAACCUUACACUAGCCUGCCAUCCACACUGUGCCAACAUCCCUUGUCUUGCAAAUUAAAACCAUCUUUCCAAACUUACAAUUAUAAAUUAUCAGCAUUUUUUUUUUUUUAUUUAAAAGCAUCUUUUCAUUUUUUGUGAUUACAAACUAGUUAUCAAAGUAACACUUUUUUUUUUUGUAAAAGCUUUUCAGUUUUUGCUUAAUAUGUAUCUCAUUCUUAAACUUUUGUGAUCAUUACUUUUGUUGGAUUUGUUUUCUGUCUUGAGUUGAACUGUUUUAUCAAAAUAUAAAAACCAUUCCUGAUGAUUAUGUUCAGUAACAUUUGUUACUAAUUCCAAAUGUUAUUGAAAAGCGAGAUCCCAUAAGCCUUAUAGACUGCAUGCAAGACACACCUAGUCUUGUCUAGUCAGUCUGUAUUGAAGACCUUGAAAAUGAGGGAUUUGGCUGUAACAAGGUCACAAUUGAAAUGUAGUAAAAUGGUGCUUGAAAUUACUAGAGGUUAAAAAAAUAAGAGUGUGAUGGUCAUAUCAUUAUAUUUGAAGACAUGUGCAUGACAUCAGAGAAAAAGUGGAUGGUUUUGCCUUGCUGUUCCACCUCACUGGAGAUCUGACAACUGAGACAUUUUGGUUAAAUCCAGCGUAGUGCAGCUCAUAUCUUCUUAAAGAAACUGGAAUUUUGUGCAGUUUGAUUUCUUGAAAGAAUUUAUUAGCAGGAUCCAUCAGGCGAGCAAGGUUGAAUAUCUGCUUUUAAAGAGUAGAUAUUUUCUGUUGGCAUUUUUAAUAUUCUGACAACUUUGUUUUAAAAACCAAAUUGCUGUGUCCCUGUUGUGUAGUAAGAUAUGAAAAGCUUGCUAGUGAACUUGUCAGCUAAGUAGUAAAAUCUGGUUUUCGAAUGUUAUCUCUGUUUUUUUCUAAAAAAAAACAAACCAGAAAAACCACCUGUGAAUAUUUUGGAGCGAGGAAAUGGGGUUUGAUAUUCUGGAGCAAAUCUUCUGAUCUAAUAAUUUUGUUUCUAAUGAGUGGGUGUAAAAAGCUAAAAAGCUCAAUGUUAUUACCUAUGAAAUCCAUUUCCAUCUAAACUAGAAAAUGAAAAGAUUUGUGUUGCCCAACUUCGUGUAAUGAGAUCUAACAAAUACUAACGUCACGUGUAGAAAUAAUCACAUUUAUAUCGUAUUUGGUCUGAAUUUUCAGACAAAGCAUAUUUUACAGAGAAGAGCAACCACAGCAACAGAUACCACCAUCACCACCGUUUGGCUGAGAUACCUUGUCUUUUGGCUGAAAUACCUUAUCUGUCUCUAUUUGCUCUUUGCAAAACCAGAAUUUUCUGAUCUCAGGAUUUUUAGUUGCUCAUGAGAUUGAUGGUGUUAUGCAUGCCUUGCAAAAGUUUCGAGAUUAUUGUCAGUCUUAUUAAAAUUUAUUUUUUGAGUUUACCUGAACCAUUUUAUAUAAUCUGUUUAAAAAUGGGUGACAGUGACACGUUUUUUACUUCUUCCAGAGGCCGAUUUCUUGUGGAAAUCGAAAAAUAUCUUUGUACCACAGUAUAUGUGAUGAAUAUAAAGCCCCUUCUUGACUAGCUGCCAUAGAACAAAAGAUUGACAUUAGCAACUGUUUUUGCAUUGUAUUUUUUUUUAAAUAUUACUCAAUAAAGUCAGUUUUAUUUGGUAAAACAUUAGUUUAGAUCUAUCCUCCUGUAACCUGUGUGAGAAGACCUAUCUUAUAUGGGAUGGGGAUUAUGAAAAACAUGGGGGAAGAUAUUUUUGUCACUUUUUAAAAUAUGUUUGUACGCUGUUCAACAUGAUCAAUCUGUUGCACUUAAGUUGAAUAUGCAAUGUAUUAAUAAAGUCACAUUAGAACA